CCAGAGACUGCUCUACUGCACCUUGUGACUCUUGCACACCGCUCAGCCGCCGAACCUUCUGGCCAGCAACACACACUCGAGCCUCAGCUGCCCCUCCAACCACACAGCCCACACGCCCAUCAUGUCUUACGAGAAGAAGGCAGUGCACUUUGGCGGUGGUAACAUCGGCCGUGGCUUUGUCGCCGAGUUCCUCCACAACUCGGGCUUCGAGGUCAUCUUCGUGGAUGUCAUGGACUCCAUCAUCGAGUCGCUCCAGAAGACGCCUUCAUACACAGUCACGGAGAUUGGUGACGAUGGCGAGCGCAAGUUCACCAUCGACCACUACCGCGCCAUCAACUCCAAGCACGAGAUGGACAAGGUCAUUGACGAGAUUGCCUCUGCUGAUGUCGUCACCUGCGCCGUCGGCCCCAACAUCCUCAAGUUUGUUGCUGAGCCUGUGGCAAAGGCCAUUGAGAAGCGCACUGUGGACUACCCCAUUGCCGUCAUUGCCUGCGAGAACGCCAUCAACGCGACAACCACAUGGAGAGGCUUCAUCGAGGGCAAGCUGAGCGAGGAGACGAAGAAGAACAUUGACAGCAAGGCGCGCUUUGCCAACUCGGCCAUUGACCGCAUUGUCCCACAGCAGCCCCCCAACGCAGGCCUCGACGUGGUCAUUGAGAAGUUCCACGAGUGGUGUGUUGAGCAGAAGCCAUUCGAGAACGGCGGCAAGAAGCCGGAUGUUAAGGGCAUCCACUACGUCGAUGACCUCGAGCCAUACAUUGAGCGCAAGCUCUUCACUGUCAACACUUCACAUGCCACUGCGGCCUACUACGGACACCAGAAAAAGAUCACAUACAUUCACGAGGUUCUCCACAACAAGGAGCUCCACGACACUGUGCGCGACGUUGUCAGGGAGACUGCCCACUUGAUCACCAACAAGCACGGCGUCAGCACCCAGGAGCAAAACGACUACGUUGAGCAAAUCAUUGAGCGCAUCUCCAACCCUGUUCUCAAGGACAAUGUCGAGCGUGUUGGGCGUGCUCCUCUCCGAAAGCUCUCGCGCAAGGAGCGCUUCAUUGGCCCCGCCGCUCAGCUGGCUGAGAAGGGCGACAAGGUGGAUGCUCUCCUCGGCGCCGUUGAGCAGGCUUACCGCUUCCAAAACGUCGAGGGCGACGAGGAGUCUGCUGAGCUUGCCAAGAUUAUGAAGGAGCACUCUCCCGAGGAGGUUGUCACCAAGGUCAACGGCAUCAACAAGGGCGAGCCUCUCUUUGACCGUCUUGUGGCGAUUGUCAAGAAGGUGCAGGGUAGUAGCUGAAUAACCGCCGGUAAACUCUGAGGAGACAUUGGUGGUACUGGCUGAGGGAUUCUGGAGUAUGGGGAUUAACAUGGAUGGGAUUAACAUGGGAAAAAAUGGUGGGAGGAUCAAGUGCGCCUUGAGCGACGGGUUCAUCUAGUGGGGUUUGUACGAACCCACGACAUUGACGAGAUCAGUGUGAUACGUAAUGAGAAUAUGACAUGAAUAAUGAAAUAUACCCUCUACAGUAGGGAUUGACGACUUGACGUUGUCAUGGAGUGUGGAGUGG